AUGGCCGACCGCAACCACCAGUUUGAGGACGAUACCCUGGAGCCCACGUACCUUCAGGGCGACGAGCACCACUCGGACGAGGACGAUACCAAAUCGAGCACCCAUCCGUUUGUCACGUACAACUCGCUGGCCAGCUCGAGGGUCGAGGCCGGGCCGUCGUUUGUCAAUGCGUACUUUGCCAAGCACCACAAUGUAAUCGAUCCGCUGGCUGCCCCACCUGGCACGCAGACACCUGAUAUGGGGCGCACGAGUCCGAGCACCAACUCUGGUCCCGCAGCCGCAGCCAUGAUCAAGUGCCGCCAGGGAUUUGAAUCCGGUACCGAUCCGGUGCCGACCACGCCGCUGUCGAUUCGUGUGUCGCAGCAGAUGAAGGAGGAGCACAAGGACACAAUGCCGCAGAUACUGCUACAGGAUGCGAAGACCCAGACCACGGACAUCGACAUCACCGAGAAAAAAGGCGAUCCCGAUGUCGACGACGACACCACCAGCCGCAAGAUCGAGGAUGAGAUCCGCAACAUGAUGCGUAAGGGAUGGGCGAGGGCCCGCAGGAGCUCAAGCGCAUUCGGCGACACGCUGGUCAAGUGUAUGGAGCUGCGCGACAAGCAGGAGAACCCGAAGAACAAGUCUGGGUGGAAGAUCUACCCGAAGCCGCCUCCGCCGGCCUGGCACAACUUUAGCCACAAGUCCCCCGAAGACCAGCCCGAGGAGUUUGACAUGGGCAAGUGUGAGAUCCCGCCUGAAGACGAGGCGGUGUUUGAGAUGGGCGAGGACGGCAUCUAUGCCGUGUAUCGCAACGAGGAGCUGCGCGCAGCCGGCCAGGAGCCGUUCACCAAGGCGCCGUCGAUCAAGGAGUUCUACAUGGACAUGGACUACCUUCUCAACGCCAUGUCUGACGGCCCCAUCAAGACCUGGGCCUUCCGCCGCCUGCGCUAUCUGGACGCGCGCUGGCAGCUGUAUGUGCUGCUGAAUGAGCGUGAAGAGACUACGCAGUCCAAGAUGGUGCCGCACCGUGACCUGUACAAUGUGCGCAAGGUCGACGGACACGUGCAUCUGGCCAGUGCCAUGAACCAGAAGCAUCUGCUGCGCUUCAUCAACCGGAACCGCCCCGUCAUUGUGCGCGACGGCCAGACACUGACGCUGCGCCAGGUGUUUGAGUCGCUGAAGCUGACUGCGAUACGACCUGGCGCCUUCCACCGCUUCGACAAGUUCAACCUGAAGUACAACCCAUCUGACAACUUUAUCGACGGCGAGUACUUUGCACAGAUCACCAGGGAGGUCAUGUCCGAUCUUGAGCAGAGCAAGUACCAGAUGGCCGAGUACCGCAUCUCGAUCUAUGGCCGCUCUAUCGACGAGUGGGACAAGCUGGCGGCAUGGGUCGUCGACCACAAGGUGUUCUCGAGCAAUGUCGAGAACUUUGAGCAGGUGCUCCGCAACAUCUUCCAGCCCCUGUUCGAGGUCACCAAGGACCCGAAGCUCGCACCCCAAGCUGCACGUCUUUUUGCAGCUCCUAAGCCCGAGCGCCGCAUGCACAAAAAGUACCCGCUGCCGCGCGUUUGGGACUCGAGCUCCAACCCGCCAUACACGUACUACUGCUACUUCACCAUGGCCAACCUGUGCUCGCUGAACCAGUGGCGAAUGCGCCGCGGCUUCAACACCUUCGUCACCUGGCAGCCUGCGUUCCUCACUGCCCAGGCAAUCAACCACGGCAUUCUGCUGCGCAAGGUCCCGGUUCUGCAGUAUCUGUACUACAUGCAGCAGAUCGGCCUGGCCAUGUCGCCGCUCGCAAUCCCGUUCAACACGUACUUCCAGCGUGGACUCAAUGUGGCCCUGUCGACCGACGACCCACUGCAGUUCCAUUUCACCAAGGAGCCGCUGAUGGAGGAGUACUCCGUCGCUGCUCAGAUCUGGAAGUUCUCGAGUGUCGACAUGUGCGAGUUGGCCAUGAACUCGGUCAUACAGAGCGGGUUUGAGGCCGAGACAGAGGUCCACAAGACCAACGUGCCGCUGUGCCGUCUCAAGUACCGCGCAAAGUACAACUAA